UCUAUCUCUUCGGCUCCCCGCCCGCCUCCCAACACGACUCCUCCUCCUCCGCCGCCGCCGUCGCCUCCGCCUCCGACCGCCAUGCCACUGCCUUCCCCUCCGCCCUCCGUCUCCUGACGACUCGGCCGCCGGCCAUAAGCUUGCUGAGUUGUCUUCAGCUUGCCAUUUCCCAUUUGCUGACUCGCCUACAAUACAAAGAGGUUUCUGAGUUGUUGGAUGCAACCGAGGCGCUCUUCGAUGCAAGCGUAAUAUGUGCUCGACCACCUAUUCAUUAACUCAAGACCUGCCUCGGAUCAAUCCCACCACUUUCGUCUACCUCUUCAAGUCAGGCUGAUGGGAGGUACCCAUCAGCAACCGGGUGUGGAUGGACAAUCCGUUAGAAGAGAUGCCAGACUGCUUGGGAACAGCGCGGUGGAUGUGGCUGAGGGCAAUGGGCUCCAGCAAGGGGACAGCGACUUGAGGAGCAGUGACCCUGAUGGCCUGCUCAGCGGGCCAACCACUGGUCUGCAGCAGGGUGACACGGAAAAUCAGCAGCAGCAACAGGUCUGCUGGGAGCGCUUCCUCCAGAAGAAGACUAUCAAAGUCUUGCUCGUGGAGAGUGAUGAUUCAACCAGGCAGGUGGUCAGUGCCCUGCUACGUCACUGCAUGUACGAAGUUAUCCCUGCCGAAAAUGGUCAGCAAGCAUGGAGUUAUCUUGAAGAUAUGCAAAACAGCAUAGAUCUUGUUUUGGCUGAGGUUUUUAUGCCUGGUGUUUCUGGAAUUUCUCUGCUAAGUAGGAUCAUGAGCCACAAUAUUUGCAAGAAUAUUCCAGUGAUUAUGAUGUCUUCGAAUGAUGCUAUGGGUACUGUCUUUAAAUGUUUGUCAAAAGGUGCUGUUGACUUUUUUGUCAAGCCUAUACGUAAGAAUGAACUUAAGAACCUUUGGCAGCAUGUGUGGAGACGGUGCCACAGCUCCAGUGGUAGUGGAAGUGAAAGUGGCAUUCAGAGACAGAAGUGUGCCAAAUCAAAAAGUGGUGAUGAAUCUGAUAACAGUGGUAGCAAUGACAACGACGAGGACGAUGAGGCAAGCAUGGGACUUAAUGCAAGGGAUGGCAGUGAUAGUGGCAGUGGCACUCAAGCGCGGAGCUCGUGGACUAAGCGUGCUGUGGAGAUCGACAGUCCACAGGCUAUGUCUCCAGAUCAGUUAGCUGAUCCACCAGAUAGCACAUGUGCACAAGUGAUCCACCCAAAAUCAGAGAUAUGUAGCAACAGAUGGCUACCAGGUACAAACAACAGAAACUGCAAGAAGCAAAAAGACACUAAUGAUGACUUUAAGGGGAAGGACUUGGAUAUAGGUGCCCCUAGAAAAUUAAAUACGGAUAGUCAAUGUUCCCCAAAUGAGAGGCCCAUGAAGCCAGCAGAUGGUCGUCGCGAGUACCCACCAGAAAACAAUUCCAAUGAGUCAAUGAUGGAAAAUUUAGAGGAGCCUACUGUUCGAGCUGCUGAUCUGAUUGGUUCAAUGGCCAAAAACAUGGAUGCCCAGCAGGCAGCAAGAGGUGCAGAUGCCCCUAAUUGCUCUUCCAAAGUGCCAGAAGGGAAAGAUAUGAACCGUGGUAAUGUUUUGCCAUUACUUGAAUUGAGUUUGAAGAGGUCAAGAUCAUCUGCAGAUGGUGCCAAUACAAUCCAAGAUGAACAGCGGAAUGUAUUAAGACGAUCAGAUCCCUCAGCAUUCACAAGGUACCAUACAUCUGCGGUUUCCAAUCAAGGCGGGACAGGAUUUGUGGGGAGCUGUUCACCGCAUGAUAACAGCUCUGAGGCUAUGAAAACGGACUCUACUUACAACAUGAAGUCAAAUUCAGAUGCUGCUAUGAUAAAACAAGGCUCCAAUGGCAGUAGCAAUAACAAUGACAUGGGUUCCACUACAAAGAAUGUUGUGACAAAACCUACUACAAAUAAGGAGAGAGUGAUGUCACCCUCAGCUAUUAAGGCUAAUGCACACACAUCAGCAUUUCAUCCUGUGCAGCACUGGACGGUUCCAGCUAAUGCUGCAGGAAAAGCAAAGGCUGAUGAAAUGGUCAACAAUGCAACUAAGAAUGGUCACCCUGGUGAAGUGCAGAGCAACCUCGUGCAACACCCUCGUCCAAUUCUCUACGUCCAUUUUGAUGUGUCCCGGGAGAAUGGUGGGUCAGGAGCACCGCAAUGUGGUUCCUCCAACGUAUUUGAUCCUCCACUUGAAGGUCAAGCUGCCAACUAUGGUAUGCACGGGAGCAACUCAGGCAGUAACAAUGGAACCAAUGGGCAGAAUAGAAGCACAGCUGCUGCAAAUGCUGAACGGACAAACACGGAGAUUGCUAACGGGGCCAUCAACAAAAGUGGACCUGGAGGUGGCAAUGGGAGUGGAAGUGUCAGCGGCAAUGACACAUAUGUGAAACGGAUGGCCCCGACACCACGAGAAGCACAGCUGAUGAAAUAUAGAGAGAAAAAGAAAGAUCGGAACUUUGGGAAAAAGGUGCGGUACCAGAGCAGAAAGAGGUUGGCCGAUCAGCGGCCCCGGGUCCGAGGACAGUUUGUGAAGCAAGCUGUGCAAGAUCAGGGCGGAUGGGAAGGAGCUGGAGAUAGAUGACCCCCCCUGGUGUGGCUCUGGCUCGAGCUCUGGCUCUGGCAUGGCUGCAUUGGACUCCAAACACUUGACAAUUAGACAGUUGAUUCUUCCUUCGCUGGUUCGAUCUGAUAUGAUCGACAACACCCCAUCCUUCCUUUCCAUCAUUGGUUUCUCCACAUUCAGUCUCUACUACGACCUACCCUAGAAAGAAUAAACAAGGUACUCCUAUCAAUCAAUCCCCUACAUAUGUGCAUCCGUAAGCAUGUAGAGGAACAAGUGCAGGUCUUGGCUCCAGAUGGACUGUAAUUCUACGCGGAAUCAUGCUCGCUCCUAUGUAACUAUGCAUGUACAAGUGUACUCGUAAUGUCUGAACGCUAGUACUGUUGUGUGUUGUCAUGUAUGAUCUUGGAUCAGUUUGUCAACAGAACUGCACCGAGCAGCCGUUGGCUUACGGUAGAGCAGAGCAGCUGCUGGUGUGGUGCGUCAGUUUCAGUCAAUAUAUAUCUCGUUGCGUA